AUGGAUAUAAAUUAUAGAUUUAUAAUAACAUUUUUGAUUAUUGUAAUGAACUAUGUGGAAGCAAGGUCCCAAUCAAUAUCAAUACAAGGUUCAGGUGAGGCUAUUCAAGGUGAAGAAUAUACCCUUGAGUGUAUAACAAGAGGAGAUACUUUCGUUAACUGGUAUCAAGACAGUCAUCACAUUGCAUGGUCAAGCAAUCAUAAUGGUGGAUGUCGUUUUUACAAUCAAUAUUACAGAAAUUUCUAUGAAUUUAAAAACUGUGGAGUUAAACACAAACUUACUAUAAAAUCUAUAGAUUAUAAUAGAGAUAAUGGUAAAGUUUGGAAUUGUGAGAUUUAUUACAAUGAUGAUUAUCAUUCAUCCAAUAGCAUUACUUUAUCUGUUACCUUAUCAUUGAAGGGUUCUGGUGUAGCUAUUCAGGAUAAAGAAUAUACUCUUGAAUGUAAAACAAGUCUAAAACAAAUACACUGGUAUAAAGACAACAUCUAUUUUGGAGAGUCAAAUAUACAGAAUGGUCUUAAUUGUAUAUUUAAUCAAGAAUCUGAUAGAAAUUUCUAUGAAUUUAAAAACUGUGGAGCUGAACAUAAACUAACUAUAAAAUCUAUAGAUUAUUAUAGAGAUAAUGGUAAAGUGUGGAGAUGUUAUUAUAAUCAAUAUACUUACAGUGAUCUUACAAUACACGUCAUCAUAUCAUUGAAGGGUUCUGGUGUAGCUAUUCAGGAUAAAGAAUAUACUCUUGAAUGUAAAACAAGUCUAAAACAAAUACACUGGUAUAAAGACAACAUCUAUUUUGGAGAGUCAAAUAUACAGAAUGGUCUUAAUUGUAUAUUUAAUCAAGAAUCUGAUAGAAAUUUCUAUGAAUUUAAAAACUGUGGAGUUAAACAUAAACUAACUAUAAAAUCUAUAGAUUAUUAUAGAGAUAAUGGUAAAAUGUGGAGAUGUCAGUAUUUUAAUAUUCAAAAUUUUAACAGUAACCGUACCUUAUUUGUAAGAGAUUAUUGGUGUAUAGAAUUCUCAAAAGAAGCCAUACCUACUACUUAUAUAAAUAAGCGAAUUUGUAUUUUUCCAUUUCUAGUGCCAGUUAGCAGUGUCCAAAUAAAAUCUACAAAUCUUCAGUUCGGUACAAUAUUAGUAGAAGAAAGUCAACUAACAACUAUUCAAUGUGUUACUUCAUUUGCUUAUCCAGAACCUUCAGUUGAUCUUCAUGUCUGUUAUGAUGGGUUGAACAGUAGAUGUAAUUCUUACACUGCAACCAAAUCUAGUGAAAACCACACAUUAAUAACCUUUCAGUUUACUCUGAAUUCUACUCUUGAGUUUGAUGAUACCGAAAUAUAUUGUUGUGCUGGAAAUUAUCUAACAAAUAUUAGUUGUUCAAACUCUCUUAAGAUGUAUAUUUUACACCAUCCUAGGGUACGAGUCGAAGUGGAAGAAGGAAGGUUAUUGUGUAUUGCUGUUGGUCGACCUAAAAACAUGACAUUUUUACCAAUGAAACAUACUGUAGAUAAUAUAUUAGUGAGAGAAAUAGAAGGCUAUUAUAUUAAUACUACAGUUUAUAGUUUAAAUAUCACAAAUAGUCAGAAUAAUGGUGGAAAUUAUACUUGUACUGUUAAUAAUGGUAUACCAGAUCCUUAUACCAAACAAUACUAUCAGAUGGCAUAUUAUAACUUAGAACUUAAGAUCCAUCCAAAUCUUUAUAAUGUAGAAAGAAAUAAUAAUUCAUUGGUUGGACAGAAUGGUAGUUUUUCUUUGAAAUAUUUGGAAGAUCAAACUGUCAACGUUUCAUGGUACAAUAAUGACACAGACUUACAGACUAGCAGCAGAAUAACAAUAAGGGAAGAACCAGCAGAAAUCAGUCAUCCUUAUAAUAAUACUAUUAAACUAUCUGGUAUAAAAACUAUAUUAACUAUAACAUCAAUUAAUAUAACUGAUCAAGGAAAUUAUACCUGUCAAGUAUGUAACCAAUAUGGAUGUUCUCGUAAAACAUUUGAAGUGGAUGUGGUAUCGAUGACAAAACAAAUCGGUACAGUUAUCAUAUUUUUCGUAGUAUUCAAGAGAAGAAGAACGAAACUGAAUGGUCAAUCAGAAGGAAAACGAGAAGGCGUUCAGGGUAGUCAUCAUACUAAUAGUGUUGUUGAAAGUUCAGUCCAUCCAAAUCUUUAUAAUGUAGAAAGAAAUAAUAAUUCAUUGGUUGGACAGAAUGGUAGUUUUUCUUUGAAAUAUUUGGAAGAUCAAACUGUCAACGUUUCAUGGUACAAUAAUGACACAGACUUACAGACUAGCAGCAGAAUAACAAUAAGGGAAGAACCAGCAGAAAUCAGUCAUCCUUAUAAUAAUACUAUUAAACUAUCUGGUAUAAAAACUAUAUUAACUAUAACAUCAAUUAAUAUAACUGAUCAAGGAAAUUAUACCUGUCAAGUAUGUAACCAAUAUGGAUGUUCUCGUAAAACAUUUGAAGUGGAUGUGGUAUCGAUGACAAAACAAAUCGGUACAGAUGCUGGAAUAAUUAAUGUGAAGACAGUUGUUAUUGGAGCUUCGGUUGGUGCAACUAUUAUACUGAUUUGUAUUGUAGUUAUCAUAUUUUUCGUAGUAUUCAAGAGAAGAAGAACGAAACCGAAUGUUGAGAUGGAAAUUAUAAAGAAUGAUUUAUAUAUAAGUUCAGAUCCACUGCAAGUAUUUCCAUUUUUCAUAAGUCCAAUCAAAGGCAGAAAAGUUGCUCUAAGCUAAACUUAGUUUCAUUGAAUUUAUAGUACUUUUUAUUAUUAUUAUUAUUAUUAUUAUCAUUUGAAUUCGAAAUUUGUACAU